UUACAUUUUGCGACUGGUUCAUAUUGUACAAAGCGGUUUAUUUUCGAUUGUGUUUAAACUUUUUUAAAAAUUGUGGGUGAAAAUUAUUUUAAAAUGAAGUGUGCCGUAUUAGGAUGCGAAAACGAGUUCUAUAAUGACCGUUCUAUAAGUUUUCACCGUCUCCCAAGAGAUGAAAACUUACGCAAGCAGUGGAUGGACUUUUGCGGGCGACAGGUAGACUCAACUGCAAGAGUAUGUAGUGAACACUUUCUGCCGGAAGAUUUUGCAAACGCUUUGAAAGUUGACAUGGGUAAAUAUCAUAAUUUUCUUACCCAUAUAUGUGUACAUGAAACUUUGAUUGGACUGAACUAUGUACUAGGAUUGGUGAAAUAUCGUAAGCUCAAAAAGGGGGUAGUCCCGACAGUGGGUAAGAAACGGUACCCCAAUUCAGGCAUUAGUUACCUGUUGGAGGCUGCCAAAUUGCUUGAAGAGGCAGAGAGCCCUCAUGAAAUGAAGAGGAAUGCCCUCACCAUAAGUGAUUUGUUGGAAGCUGCACGGAUAAUUGACGCCGAAGAUGUUCAUGAGGUGAAGAGGAAUGACCUCAGUACAGGUGAUUUGUUGGAAGCUGCACGGGUAAUUGACGCCGAUGAACAAGAUAACAUAGCUGUGCCUGGAAGGUUGCCAUUGAUGGAAGUCGCAAACGAAAAGAAUUCCAACCAAAAAGAAUUGUUGCAGCAACAAGUGUAAGUUAAAUAAAUACAUCGCUCUAGAUGUAAUAAACAUAUUUUACAACGGUUUUUAUAUCCCACAGGGAAGGUUUAAAAAAGGAGGCUGAAUUUGA